AGCACCUAACUAUACUUCUUUCCUCCUCUCCUGUCUCUCAUUAGUCAUCACACUACUCUGCCCUUUAUUUUCUUUCUUCUGUCGACAAAAACACAAGAAUUCUCUAUCAGAAUUUAACUAAAUUUACUACACUAAGCUUAUGGACAACCAAAGAACUACACUUCUUAAUUGGGCUUACUUCUGCCAAGGCAAGAGCAUGGAUGAGCUGAGGCAGACAUUGUUGCUGACAACAUUGGAGCUGGAGAACACAAGGUUGAAAGCUCAGGAGGAGCUAAAAAUGAGAGAUGAUGAAAUAAUCCAGCUAAAAGAUCUACUAAACAGAGCCAUUAAUGACAAGAAUGAAGCUCAAGAAAAAUGCCAAACAUUGGUUUUAGAGAAACUCUUACUCCAACAACAACAACAGCACCAGCAGCUGCUACAGCAACAGUUUCAACAAACAGGUCCAAUAUUAUCUGGAGUUUCAAGCAUUGAAGAUGAACCAAGAAACAAUGGCUUCUCUUCUUCAGAUUGUGAUGAAAGCAUUGUUUCUUCUCCAAUUCUAGACUCCAUUCAACAACCCCAUUUAGUAGAAAAACAACAAGAACAAGAAUUUCCUAUUGUUAUAGACAAACCAUUGCCUGAAAAUGGGAAAUUUUUGCAAGCAGUAAUGAAAGCAGGGCCACUACUUCAAACACUUCUUGUUGCUGGUCCUCUUCCUCAAUGGCGUCACCCUCCACCGCCCAUGGAUUCCUAUGAGAUUCCACCACCCCCUGUUGUUAUUCCAUCUCAAGAUCCAAUUUUUAAUGCUUUUAACAACUGUGGUAGACUAAACAAGAAAAGGGGUGGUGGUCUUUUUGAUGAUUCUGAUUCUUCCAUUGGUACUAAGUAUCAAAGGGUUGUGCUUUGAUUUUCAGUUCUUGAUAGAAUUUAGUAGUAGUAAUAUAUUUAAGAAAAUUUAGAGAGGCAGACUACAAUUGGAGGAUUGAGUUGGAAAAGAACAACUGAUGUUUGAAAUUUUGUACAGAAUUGGAAAAGAUCUGAAUUAGACUUUGUUGAAAAGAAGGGGGAAAAAAUUAGUAUUGUUCUGAGCUGAGCUAUUUUUAGUUUUUGGUCAGUAAUAGUAUGUUGGUUGGAUUGUCUCUUUCCUUUAAUUAUUAUUGUAAUCUUUUAGAGUUUGAUUUUUGCAUUA